CGAUCGCGCGCGCGGCCGGCGGCGCACGGAGAGAAGGCCUCGGGCCCCAGGAAGGCGGGGCCGAGCGGGGGCGGGGCCGCGCCAACCAAAACAACGACACGCCCCGGCAGCCCUUGCGCCCGCUGCCCGCCGCCACCGUCGCCAUCGCGGCCACCCGGCGGGGCCCGCUCUCGGGGAGGCGAGGCGGGCACGGAUACCCGCCGCCGCCGCCGCUAUGAAGCUCCGCGUGCGGCUGCAGAAGCGAACGGCCCCGCUGGAGGUGCAGGGGGCGGAGCCAACGCUGGGGGAGCUGCGCGCGCAGCUGCGCCAGGCCCUGCUGCCCGCCUGGGGGUACAGUUCUGAUACCAAGUUUUCCAUAACAUUGAACAGAAAAGAUGCUCUCACAGAAGAUCAGAAGACCUUAGCUUCAUAUGGGAUUGUUUCUGGUGAUUUGAUAUGCUUAUUACUAGAAGAAGCAAAUGGACAACCCAUCCUACCUCCUCCUCCUUCUCUCCCACUUGAGAAUGGUCAUGAGCCGCCCACCUUGAUCCCCAACAAACGUCAGGCUAGCAGUUCAAAAGAAGAAGGGCAGAAUGAGCAAUCUGACAACCAGAAAGCUCAGGUGGAAGUUCAAAAGAGUGAUGAGAGGGCAGGAUCCAGCCUAGAGUUCCCUUCUGGAUUAGUCCCGGAAGAUGUUGACCUGGAAGAAGGUACAGGUUCCUAUCCCUCUGAGCCCAUGCUGUGCAGUGAAGCUGCUGAUGGAGAAAUACCACAUUCCUUAGAGAUGCUCUACCUUUCUGCUGAGUGCACCAGCGCCACCGAUGCCUUGAUUGUUCUAGUACAUCUUCUCAUGAUGGAGACAGGCUACGUACCUCAGGGGACAGAAGCCAAGGCAGUGUCUAUGCCAGAGAAAUGGAGAGGGAAUGGUGUUUAUAAGCUCCAGUAUACACAUCCCCUUUGUGAAGAAGGUUCUGCUGGUUUAACCUGUGUGCCUUUGGGGGAUCUUGUUGCUAUUAAUGCAACAUUAAAAAUCAACAAGGAGAUUAAAGGUGUUAAGAGAAUACAGCUAUUGCCAGCAUCGUUCGUUUGCUUUCAGGAGCCAGAAAAGCCUGCAAGCGUUUACAAAGACCUUCAGAAAUUAUCACGUCUCUUUAAAGACCAGCUGGUUUACUCUCUUCUGGCUGCUGCCCGGCAAGCUCUGAACUUGCCAGAUGUGUUUGGAUUAGUGGUCCUUCCCCUUGAGCUCAAGCUUCGCAUUUUCAGACUUUUGGAUGUCCGUUCACUCAUCUCUCUUUCUGCUGUUUGCCGUGAUCUGUACACAGCUUCAAAUGACCAGCUUCUAUGGAGGUUUAUGUAUCUGCGGGAUUUCCGAGAUCCUAUUAUAAGGCCUUGUGACACAGACUGGAAAGAACUGUACAAGAAAAAGUUGAAACAGAAGAAGGACGCACUGAGAUGGAGGCACAUGAUGUUUUUGCCCCCCACACCUCAUCCAAUCCCCUUUCAUCCCAACCCAUUUUAUCCUAAUCCCUUUCCUCCCAACCCAUUCCCAUCAAACCCUAUCUAUCCCCCAAUGAUCAUUGGUGGAGAAUAUGAUGAGAGACCAACACUUCCAUAUGUUGGAGACCCAAUUAACUCACUCAUUCCUGGUCCAGGAGAAGCACCAGGCCAGUUUCCUCCAUUCAGAGCACCGUUUGACCCAAUUGGUUCCUUGCCUGGAGCAAACCCCACACUUCCAGGACGAGCUGGUCCCAAUGACAGGUUUCCACCUAGACCCAGCCGGGGCCGCCCCAUGGACAUUCGCCGUGCGUUCAUUUGAUCGCAGUUUUUUCCUUCAGUGAGUUUCCUAGUCCUUGAGUUUGCUUUGUAACUGCAGGAGAUUGCAAAUCCCAGGCGCUAACAUCUGCCUUCUCUUCAGAUUGUGGCGGGAGCAGGUGUGCAUGGUAAUGUUUUGGCAGCAAAGGCUGGGUGUAUUUCAUGCUCUGGUAUCACCUGGCACUACGGUCUGUUUCAUGAAGAGCUACAAUUUAAAACAGGUUGUUCUGCUCCCCCCACCCCCUUAGUGAUCUGUGAAAUGCUUCUCAAGAGACCAGGAUACCAGCGCAAUGUUUGCUGCAUCAGAUACAGGGCACUUUAAGUACAAACCCUAUAGUUGUCUGUGUUAUUUGAAGAGUUAUUAAAUAACCAGGAAAAUGAUGUUGUUUAAAAUCUACCUGGCUAAUAAUCUUUAUUAAAAAAAAAUUUACAAUGUUCCACAUAAAACAGAUUACUACCCCUGUUGUGGUAGAUGUGAGUUCAUAGAAAUUGUCAAAGAUGACAGUUCAUUUUUCAUUUAAUGUUUUAAUAGAUAAAAAGCAUUUUUAUAUUGUUACUUAAUACACAAAGAAUACAGGGAAUGGAUUUUCUUUACAAUGGAAAUCUUAUAACACAAAUCAAUUUGUUUUACAAGCAGCUGAGGAAAGUCAUGCUACAGUGCAACUUGGAAGUCUGAACAGAAGCAGAGCAAUUUUACAAAGAACCAGCAGCAAAACUUUUGUCUUUCUCCUUGACUUUACAAAAAAAGGAGUUAUAGUACAACUGCAUUUACUGUGUGUGAACUAAAAUUGGUGCAAAAAGAAAUCUUCCUGUUUAACUUCCUUAAGGGAAUAAAUUGGUUGACCUGGUUACAGUGGAAAUGGGAUCACAACAGGAGAAGCAGAGUCAGUUCUUGCUUUACUCCAGUCGAGUCCAUCUAAAUCCUUUACUUAAGUAUCGAAAUAUAUUGUGUCAAGAGGAGAUGUGUUGUACCAUGUUAUGAGCACCUUUCAAGUGUAGUCUUAUUAACUAAUGAGCAACUAACAAGACCACUGUUGAAGUCUCCAGAUGAGAUCUGCAGGCUGAUGAUGGAGCUCAAUUAAAGGAAGACUGGAAUGACUAAACUGCUAGAACUUUUCAUUUCUUACAUGUUUUUUAAGAUGGAUUGAUCUCAGUGUUUCUGUAAAUGGUACCGAUGACUGUUGUGACAGCUGAUAUUAUUUUCCUAGAUAUUUUUUGAAAUUCCAACAGUGGAAAUGGAAUUGCUUUUCCUAUUAAACACAAGCUGUUUAAUCAGUAA